AUGGCGCCAGUGACUCUAAGUACUUCAUCGCUGCUGUUAGGUCUCGCUCUCUGCCUCAUGAUAUUGGCGGUGUGCUUUAAUCACUGGCGUGGCGGGAACCUACUUCAGUACGAGGGGCUACAGAGCACGACGACGGCACAGACUUGCGCAGCCCUCCUCAUCACCGGCGUGGUGCUUUGGGCUGCUGCCUUCAUUCUCGGCCUAUUGCGCUUCUGCAGCCACGAGGAGCUGAUUGGUCAGCGGGGUGUGGGGUUGCUCUACCUCCUUACCCUUUACUUUGGCACCGCAUUCAGCAUCAUUGGAGUGCUGGUGUACGUCGCCAUUCUGGGUGAGGACUGGUCCUACCUCCUUGCUGUCAUCGCUUGGACCUCCAGCCUCGUGGUCUCUGUCAUGGCAGUCACUACUUGUCGAUGUGAUGCCAAGCGUUCUUAA